UGACUAUGUGAAUCAACUCUGAUACAGAACUGUUAUACCGAGGGAGAAAACUAGAAAAAGAAAAAGUCAAGAGAGGAGAGGUGAGGUGAGGUGAUCUGAUCAAUGGAGGAGAAGGGAAAGACUGGAAUGGAAAAUGAAAGGAUGAUCGACACGUGGCUGAGGAAGCACCGUUUGAUAUAUUUAGGGGCCACUAGACACCCUUUGAUCCUCAGCAUUAGUGAUGGCACCGUUGAUAUCUCCUCUUUCAAAACAUGGCUGGGACAGGAUUACAUAUUUGUUAGAGCCUUUGUCCCUUUUGUGGCGAGUUUGAUUGUGAAGGCUUGGAAGGAGAGUGAUGUUAGCAGUGAUAUGGAGGUCAUAUUGGGUGGUAUGGCUGCUUUGAAUGAUGAACUUGAAUGGUUCAAGAAAGAGGCCUUUAAGUGGGGUGUUCAGCUCUCUGAACCACUUGUUCCCCAGAAAGUAAACAAGGACUAUUGCAGAUUUCUGGAGAGUUUAAUGAGCCAAGAGGCCAAUUAUACAGUGGCUAUAACUGCAUUUUGGGCCAUUGAAGCUGUGUACCAAGAGAGCUUUGCCUUGUGUCUGGCAGAUGGGUCAAGAACCCCACCAGAACUGAAGGAGACUUGCCAAAGGUGGGGCAAUGAAGGCUUUGGUAAGUACUGUUCUUCUCUCAAAGACAUCGCUGACCGGCGCUUGAAAAAGGCUUCUGAUGAUGAGCUCAAGAAAGCUGAAGUAGCCCUCUUAACUGUUCUUGAGCAUGAAGUUGAAUUCUGGAACAUGAGCCGUGGUGGUUCCUGAACAACACCCCCACCCUUUUGAUCUUCAAGAACAAAGGAACUGAACUGAGUUGAAUUGAAACAGUGUGAACAUCUUUUUAUGUAUAUUCCCAUGUGUAAUAAUGUAGUGGUGUACGUUCUCUUUUCUUUUUUGUUUUGAUUUUGGUCUGAAGUUUGUUUUCUUUCUUUGCUACUUUAUUACGAGACUUCUUCAUUCAUAAGGAGCAGUAAUAUGUAUAAAGUUACCGAUGACAAAUAAAAAACGACAUGUCGUGUAUAUUACAAACAGAGUGUCGUUUGCCAUUCCAAAUA